AUCAAGUCCCAGAGCAUGCAUCGAAGAAGCCGACGACGACGACGAAGAAGAAAAAGAAAACGAGAAGAGCAAUUGCGCCGCCCGCCCACCUCCAUCCUCCAAAUACCCUUCUUCUCAGACCAAUGAUGCAGAAUGGAGCUUCGACGCCAGAGUCGGCCGAGUUCCAUCAUAUCAAGUCUGAGUUUGAGAAGAUCAAGGCACAGCGGAAGCGAGACGCAGAUAACGCGGAAGCAACAUCUGCUAAUCCUUCCCGUCCGCCACUGCCACUGGCGAGACCGCGCGUGGAGCACAAUCCCUCUACGAGGCAGGACGAGGCUCGCUUCACGGUGACGCAGGGCUUAUUGAUUGCGUUUCUUGCGCUGAUUCUGAUCCUCCAUGUGCUCGGCCUGUACCUGUUCACUAGCGGUUUCCUGCUCACCCGGCUCGUCCUCGACGACAAGUCUCGAUGUGACCAUGCUCCGGUCGAGCUGCUUUCGAGCCAGGGGCUCGGCUCGGCGGCGACGGGAUGUUGGCACCCAAAGCAAUUCGAAAAGGCCGUAAUCCUCGUCGUAGACGCCCUCCGCUACGACUUCACCGUGCCGUUUAAAGCGCAGACCGAGCGGGACGCACCCCGCCAUUUUCACGACGCCCUCAAGGUGCUUUACGACACGGCCGUCGAGGAUCCUCGCAAGGCUGUCCUACUACCCUUUAUCGCCGACCCGCCUACGACCACGCUGCAGAGGCUGAAGGGCCUUAUGACGGGCACACUGCCGACGUUCGUCGACGCAGGCUCCAACUUCGCCGGCACCGUCAUCGACGAGGACAACCUUAUCGCGCAGAUGCAUAACGCGAGCAAGACGGUCGUGCAUCUGGGCGACGACACGUGGCAAGCCCUAUUUCCGGGCUAUUUCAACGCGGAGCUGUCAAGGCCAUACGACUCGUUCAACGUCUGGGACCUUCAUACUGUCGACGACGGCGUGACCGAGCACCUCAUCCCUCUGUUACAGCCUACCAACGCGUCCAAGUGGGACGUCCUCAUCGGUCACUAUCUUGGUGUGGAUCACGCUGGUCAUCGCUAUGGGCCAGAUCACCCUGCUAUGACGGCCAAAUUGCAGCAGAUGGACGGUGUCUUUCGCAAGGUUGUGGAACUUGUUGAUGACAAGACGCUCCUUGUUAUCAUGGGCGACCACGGCAUGGAUCCAAAAGGCGACCAUGGGGGUGAGUCCGACGACGAAGUCGAAGCGGCACUGUGGAUGUACUCUAAGAAAGGCAUAUUUGGCCGCGAGAAGCACCAGCCUGUCACGCCAUCCGAAACAGCGAAGCAAAACCCCGUCGCGCAGAUUGAUCUCGUACCCACUUUGGCACUUCUACUAGGCCUUCCCAUCCCAUUUAACAACCUGGGAGCGCCUAUCGUAGAGGCUUUCAUCGGCUCCAAGGGCCGGGACUACGAGAAUCUUGCGCGCGUGUCGCGCAUCACCGCCGCUCAGGUGUCGCGGUAUAUCAACGAGUACGCACUCAUUCGGGGCAUAGAGGAGUCCUUCGCGCUACCGACUGAGGUGCUUGACAUCGCAAACCAUCUGUGCCAGGUUGCCGACCCGUCUCGCACAGAGCUCCAGAAGUGGCAGGAGGUCGCUGUGGCGUAUCGAAACUUCCAGCUCGAGACCGUCCGCGUGUGUCGCGAUCUGUGGGCGCGCUUCGAUGUGCCCAGCAUGAUUGGCGGUGUCACUGUGCUCUCUGUCGCCCUUGCGCUGCUAAUUAUUUAUGCACGCGGCAUAAGUGCCCUGCGACUUGCCCUGUCGCCUGGGUUUGUCAAACGCGGCAGCAUUGGUCUGUUCCUUGGAGCCGCUGUCGGUGCCUGUCUGGGAGUCGUCAUCCCAGGUGUGGCACUCGGUCGCGUCAGCGCUCUGCUGGCUUCGCUCGGCUGCAGUGCAGGCAUCGUCCACGUUUUCUACAAAGCCAGAAACAGCAUCAGAUUUCCGAUGCCCACUCGGGUGUGGUCGUUCGUGUCUGUGCUGUGCACUGUCGCCUUGUCUAUGGGUUUCGCUGCCAACUCGUUCACCAUCUGGGAAGACGACAUACUCUUAUUUUUCAUCUCAACGAUUGGUGUGCUGUUCUUUCUGUGCUCGAUGCGCAUCGUUUCCGUCGUCGAGCGUACGUGGGCGUGCUAUCAUUCUGCCGUCUUCGUCAUCCUGACACGUCUGGCCUCACUCUCGCGAUUGUGCCGCGAGGAGCAGAUGCCCUACUGUGUUUCCACAUACUAUGCUUCCUCGAACUCCUCGACCUCCGCAGCCUGGCAGCUUCUCAUCCCCUUCACCGUAGCCUUCGUCCUGCCAGGAGUCGUCAAGCAGUAUUACGUUAACACGCGCUCCUACCACCAUUCUGCGACUCUCUGGAUCGGCGUCGCAUUUAGAGCGUCCCUUGCUAUGAGCGCGUCUUUCUGGGCUCUGGACGCCGCCGAUGAUCGCGAGCUUUUCGGCGCAGAUGUCAGCAACACCCUUAAGACGAUCAAGGUCAUGCUUGCUCAGACCAUUCUGGGAGUCGCUAUCCCGGUGGGGUACUCGAUCUACGCGUGGGCUGCGCCUUUGGUCCACGUUGUUUCGGUGCCCGUUUUCGAUGCCCCCGCGCACUCCUCGUCCUACUUGCCAGCGGGAUUCCUCUCUCAGGACGGAAAGAACCUGCUGCGGAUCCUCGGCUACGAGAACGCCCACGGCAGUCGCUACUUCAUCCUGCCCACUAUGUACGCAGCGGCCAUCAUUUUGUUACAAAAGCCAAUGGGUACUGGUGCCAUAGCAACCCUUCUCUGGCAGAUCAUGUCGCUCCUCGAGAUUCUUGCGGCAAAUGAUCUGCAGCAGAGCGCCGUCGGGCCCAUCACUCUGGCGUUACUUGGUAGCUUCCACUUUUUUAAGACGGGCCACCAGGCGACGCUGGCGAGUAUCCAGUGGGAGAGUGCAUUCAUACCGCUCAAAAGCAUCGUCUACCCGUGGUCUCCCGUUUUCGUCAUUCUCAACACUUUCGGUGCCCAGAUCCUUACUGCAGUCGCUGUGCCCGCAAUCCCGCUCUGGCGGCGCGACCCGUCGAGGAAAAACCUGCUUGCGGACGUCGCCAAGGCCGUCACGACGUACCUGGCCUUCUUCGCGACCGAGGCCCUAGCAACCAGCGCGUGGGCCGGCUACUUGAGGAGACACCUUAUGCUGUAUCGCAUCUUCUCACCCAGGUGGAUGAUGGCCGCGCUAACGCUCGUGGUGGUCGACGUCGUGGCCAUCUUCAUUGGGCUCGGAGGGGCCAGGUGGAGCUUUCUGAGCUUGGGCGAGGUGUUUGGGAUCUACACUUGAGUAUGACACACUUGCUUAUACUCACAUACACACAAACUUUCUCUCUCUCUUCUCAACGCUUUGGUUUUAUGACUUAUGCAUCUUCGUCAUCGUCAUAAUCAUCAACAUCAUCAUUGUCACAGCGAAGGAGGGGAAAACUCGUCUGAGGCUAAAAUAGCGCUCAUAUCUUUCGUCGUUCUUCAAGGGGAAAAGAAACUUUUUGCUUAGAUCAAUCAAGGUUCUCCAGCAGUUUUGCAUUCUCCGCAUCUGCUUGGGAUGUAGAAUAGACGGCGGUUUUAGAAUCAAUCCCCCGGGGUUUGCAGUCCAGCGUCCUUCAUUCCAUUCUACAGCGAAUCCGUUACUUUUCAAGUCCGUCGCCAACUGGUAGCAAUCUGCUCCGCUGUAUGCCAACCAGGAAGUGCAAUGCUUUCGAUAAGAUUGUGCAGCGUUCAAGAGAUGAGAGCCGAAAGGGAUGCAUAUGAUGGUUUACGAUUGAUUAUCUGAUUUUAGCACAAUAUAACUUUUAGAUGGAAAUUCGUGUGAAAUAGCCACAUGACCUUCGAACACAUUGCCAAC